AUGGAAUUAACACCGUAUUCCCCAACUGACUAUUCUGUUACUACAACAGAUGCUAAUGGUCAACGAUUACCUCCAAUUCGUUCGAGAACGGAUGAAGCUCCAGAAUAUAGAAUUCAUAAUACUCGUUAUACAUUACCACCUUCAAAUCUAGCUCGAGAUGUAUCUGAUCAACAAAUUGGUGAUAUUGAUUCGUGGCCAGCAAAUGCAAGUGGUGGUAGUGGUGCUUUUCGAAGUUUAGUAUUAACUAAUCAAGGUCGUCUAGUACCAGUGGGAACCAAUUUAAAAGGAAAAUUAGAUACAACACAUAAACCUAGAUUUUUAGCAGCUCUUGAAGAAUAUCUUUAUAGUGAAUUGAAAACACUUGGUGUUGAAGAUUCAGUCGCUAAUGAUUCACGUUUACAAGUUUUUCGUGAAAUAUUUUCAACAGUUAUUGAUGAUUUUAAAACUUAUAAACCACUUUUAUCAGCAAUUAAAAAUGAAUAUGAAAUGAUGUUAACACAUCUUAAUGAUAAAAUAAAUGAACUUGAACCACUUCGUCAACAAUUAGUUUUACUCAGUGAUCAAUGUGAUAAAAAAUUAAUGCAAUAUCGUAAAGAAGAACGAGCAGAUAUGUCAUUAUUAAAAGAAGAAAAAAAACGUUUACAACAAACCAUUCGUCAUAUAACAAAUCAAAAUCAAAAUCUUGAAGCAAAUAUUAAACGACUUCAACAAGAAGUAUCACAUCAAUAUGAACUGUAUCGAAAAGAACUUGAUUCAAGAAAAUUAUUAAUUAAUGAUGCAAAUGAUUUACGUGCUCAACAAGAACAACGUAAUGAAAUCAAAGAAGGAUU